CCACGACCAACACUACCAACUCCACGUAUACGCCAAACUACAUCACUACCAACACAUUCACCAUUAUCAUCAGCAUCAUUUGCCACCACCAUCACCAUCCUUAUCGUCAUCACCACAUCGACAACAUCCGCGACUCAGCAAAGGAGCCUCGACGUGCUAAAAAUAGCAGCCAAAUUUACCGCAAAAAAAAAUGAUAAUAAUAAGGAAUUAAUUGGUCAUGGUUGGAGCGUCGUUGAUCCUCUGCCUGCAGAGUCAGGGCUGACUCGACGGACUGAACAACAACAACAACAACAACAGCAUUAAGAAUAUUUAACAUCUUUUAUUGCAACACAAGAAUUUAUAGCCAACCGGCUUCCCAGCCACACCCCGCCGCCCACUACCUUCAACUUACAUACGCACAUACAUACAUAACAUACAUACGUACAUACACACACACACGUAUAUAUAUAUGUGUGUGUAUAUAUAUAUAUAUAUAUAUACACACAUACAUAUAUAUAUAUAUACAUACAUACACACACACAACACAUACAUAACAUUUAUAUAUUCACACUUACCAUUCAGCCAGCCAACAAGCCUGCAAGCCAACUCCAACCCCAACCCCAUCGCCACACUCUCACUACGACCCCAAAUACAUCGCCACUACCGCCAGCAUCUUCACCACCAACAGCAACAUCAACAAACUCCAAUUUGACAAGUGAAGAAAUGGCAGUACGGUUCCGAUGUUAUGCUUUACCAUUAAUCUCUGGUAUUAUUUUACUAUGGGUGCCACUCUUGGAAGCUGCUAACAUUAGGAGUCCAUAUUGUCCUUCCCCUCCAAAAGUUGACAAUACCAUCGCACUAACCGUGCAGACAGUUCCAGUCGGAGGAUACGUCAACUACACAUGUAAAGAUAACUUCUAUGCAUUUGGGAUUACAACAGCCAUGUGUAUCAUCAAGAACCACCAAAGAACACGUUGGAUUGGUCCGGACAUGAUAUGCGAAAAAAUGUGUGGUAAACCACCCGACUCACCCAGAGCUUACCCCGUCAACUCUACUAAAGACCGUUACCCUCCAUAUAUGGUCAUAGAAUACCGUUGUAAAUAUGGUCGACUGACCCUUGGGAGUGCUACAACCGUGUGUCGCAAUGGUAAAUGGAAAGCAGCCAGCUUCUUCUGUAUGAAACAGUGUGGAAGACCUCGGAGUGUUCCAAACACUAAGCUUAUUACAUCUUAUCCCGACCAGAAACAGUUUCGAGAAAAAACCACUGUGUCAUAUAAAUGUAACGAGGGAUACCACCAGACAGGCAUCAAUUUGGCGUGGUGUUUCCGGGGCAAGUGGCGUGGACCUUACAUUAACUGUACUGUGAGUCGAGAAAAACUGAACGAGUUGUGUGGGGUACCUCCUGAAAUUGAGAAUGGAGAAGCAAGAAUACGAGACGAACCAGUUCGUCAUGUGAUUUAUUCCUGUGCUGAUGGCAUGAAGCUUACCGGAUCUGCAACUCUAAAUUGCCAAGCCAGGGGUGUCUGGGAUAAUGAACCGCCAAAGUGUUUAUUGAAAGAAAGUUUCUGUGGCAAACCUCCUUCCAUUCUGGAAGCUCGACACAAUGCUUCUUUAGUUCGACCAGCAUUUCCUCAUGGCAGUGCCCUCUUGUACAGUUGUAUUCCUGGUUAUUUCCAUGUUGGUAACACCAUAGCAAGGUGUGAUGGCACUACGGCAAGCUGGAAAGAUCUUACUAUGAAAUGUGAACCAAUGCAUUGCAGUCCUCCAGGUGAAAUUUCAGGCGGACGAAUCGAAGGAAGUAAAUACACGUACAUGUCGAAAAUAUUUUUCCACUGUGACAUUGGACACAAGUUGAUUGGCCAGAAGUUUCGAGUGUGCCAAGAAGAUGGUAACUGGGAUGGGCCAAUGUCCACUUGCCAACGUGAAGUGUGUCCCAUCUUGGAGAAACCAGAGAAUGGUGGCAAGUUUGGCAGCAAUAGAUACAAUGAUGUGACAAAGUAUGUCUGUUACACUGGCUUCAAAUUGGUUGGUGAUGUAGAACGUAGGUGUACGGAGAAUCUCACGUGGACAGGCUCACAACCGAAAUGUGUUCCAUUCCAGUGUCGAACUCUCAAACCACCAAUCAAUGGUCACGUUGCUGCAGAAUAUUCUGUGAAUAGUUUGGCAAAUUAUUCCUGCCACAUUGGUUUUGAAUUACAAGGACCGGUUUCAAGACGGUGCCGAGAAGAUGAAACAUGGACAGGAACGGAACCACAAUGUAUUGAAACUGGUUGUAAGGCACCAGAACCAUUAUGGUUGGGAACCAUAUCAGGAUCAAGUUAUAAAUCAGGAUCUAUUAUAUUUUUCAGUUGCAAUUAUGACACAACAUUUGAAGGCAAAACAGCAUCUUCAGUUUGUGUUAACAGUCAGUGGUCAACAGAAACCCCCAAAUGUUAUGCUAAAUGCACCGUUCCAGAUGUCCGAGGGCUUAACAUUUUCCAGCAAGACUUCCUGAAUUUAAUCAGGUUAAAGCCGUAUGACACCAUAAAACACAAAGCCACUGUCAAUUACCAUUGUGUACCUGGUUAUAGGCCGUCAGUGCCAAAGUUAUUGUCGUGUUACAAUGGAACUUGGACUAAGGAUAUAAAAUGUACUGAAGACAAUUCCUCACUUUGCGAGGAGCCUCUGACCCCUGUCAAUGGCCUUAUGACACUCGAGACCACACCAGACGAUCCUAACCGAAUUGAACCAGGAACUCAUGCUAUAUAUUCUUGUAAACCUGGGUAUUCUCUACAUGGGAAAAAAAGAAUAAUAUGUGGUGACAAUGGCAGAUGGGAAGGUGAUACCCCCAGGUGUAUGUUCUUCUACCCAGAUGCAAAAAAGUGUACGGACCCAGGUACACCAGAAAAUGGUCACCGAGAAAUAUCAGAUUCUUCAUUUGGUUUGAAUACAGUUGUUACAUUUUACUGCAAUCCAGGAUAUACUUUAUAUGGAAGGGAAAAGAUAACUUGUUCGUCUAAUUUUAUGUGGUUGUACCCCAAACCUAAAUGUAUCCGCUUUGCCAUGGGAUAGGGGUCACUUGUGUUUUUGUUUUCUGUUUUUCUUUUGUUUUUUACUCUCUGAAUCUUUCUUUUCUUUAAAAUGAGAAGUAAUAUUUUGUAAGAUUUCUUUUUAAAGUUUAUGUUAUGUAAUGAAAAUAAAAUGGAAAUUAUAAAUAUAUAAAUUUAUAUAUAUAUGCAUAUAAAUAUAUAUAUAUAUAUAUAUAUAUAUAUAUAUAUAUAUAUAUAUAUAUAUAUAUAUAUAUAUAUAUAUAUCCUGGAGAUACAUUGAAUGUUUAUACUCUUAAUGAUAAUAAAACAAGUUUAAUUUUAA